GCUUUGAAAUGCUGACAAUUAGCCAAGCUUUUGUCAUUUUGGUAAUUUUUUUAUUAAGUGUUCAGUUUCUCAAACUGCAAAAGGCACGCCAGCAAUUCCCUCCUGGACCAACUCCUCUCCCAUUGCUUGGAAACUUGUUGCACUUGAACUUUCAGUUUCAUCGGGAUCUUCUGAUGGAGCUGGCAAAAACUUAUGGCAACAUAUAUACCUUGUGGUUUGGGUGGACCCCGGUGAUCAUACUGAAUGGAUUUCAAGCAGUGAAGGAUGGCAUGACAACACACCCUGAAGAUGUUGCUGGGAGAAUGGUAUCUCCUUUCCUCAGAGCAAUGGCCAAAGGAAAAGGUAUUUUACUGGCAAGUGGUCGCUCGUGGAAGCAGCAGAGACGCUUUGGUAUAAUGACUCUACGCAACCUGGGAAUGGGGAAAAAAGGCCUGGAGUACCGAGUGCAAGAGGAGGCUGCUCACCUGGUGGAGCUCUUUAGGAACCUGAAAGGAAGACCUAUGGAUCCUUCUUUUCCUCUUUUCCAUUCUAUUUCAAAUGUAAUCUGUGCUGUGGUUUUUGGAUAUCACUUUUCUGAUGAGGACAAAACCUUCCACGAGCUGAUCAGUGCCACAGAGAAGAUAUUUAGUUUUGCGGGCAGCUUCUUUUAUCAGCUGUAUGAAAUCCUCCCCUGGCUGAUGUGCCGUCUCCCUGGUCCUCAUAAGAGAGUGUUGUCUUGCUAUGACGUCCUGAGUUCUUUUUCAAGGAUGGAGGUCAGAAGACAUGUGGAGAGAGGGACACCAGAUGAACCGCGGGAUUUCAUUGACUUUUAUCUGGCUGAGAUAGAGAAAUCUAAAGAUGAGGACAAGCCCAAGUAUGAUGAAGACAACUUGGUGCAUGUUAUAAAUGAUCUUUUCCUCGGUGGAUCAGAGACCUCAAGCACAACCUUGUACUGGGGACUGCUCUAUAUGGUAGUCUAUCCAGAUAUCCAAGAGAAAGUGCAGCAGGAGCUGGAUGCUGUUCUGGAUCCCUCUCAGACCAUCUGCUAUGAGCAUCGGAAAAAGCUGCCCUAUACGAAUGCUGUGAUUCAUGAGAUCCAGCGCUUCAGCAACAUUGUCUUUGUUGGUCUGCCCAGGGUGUGUGUGAGGAACACAACAUUGCUGGGUUACCCUGUCAAAAAGGGCACCAUCGUUAUUCCAAACAUAGCAUCUGUUCUCUAUGAUCCCGAGCAAUGGGAGACACCUCGACAGUUCAACCCUGGCCAUUUCCUGGAUAAAGAAGGGAGCUUUGUAAAUAGAGAAGCCUUCUUACCAUUCUCAGUAGGGCACCGGGUGUGUUUGGGGGAGCAUCUGGCAAGGACUGAGCUCUUCAUUUUCUUUGCCAACCUGCUGCGGGCAUUCACCUUCCGGCUCCCUGAGGGAGUGACGACGAUCAACACUGAGCCCAUUUUUGGGGGCACACUGCAGCCCCACCCAUACAAGGUGUGUGCCAUCCCACGCUAGGCUGCGGACAUCACAGACCACUUUUACCUCAGUGAACUUCCUCUCAGAUGUAUAAACACUCUUUGAUCAACCAGUAUAUCGACAUCAGUCUAUCGCAGCACUAUUCAGAAAGUGGAGACAAGCCAACAUCCAGACCACCAGUACUUCAGUGUGGUCCUUGUGAA